UUCUGCUUCUUCUUAAAAUGAAACCGAUGGCUGCAAUUCAUAAACAUGAGGUUAAAGCGGAUGGAGAAAGCAGAGCUAUUGUUCUCAGCAUCAACGGCGGCGAAGAGGCGGCUGCUGCAGCGUCGAAGAAUCCCAAAGAAGAGCCUGAUAUAGAGACAGCUGUAAGCCUGACUCCUAUGGCGGUGCACGUGCCGUCUGCUGUUCCCAUGCCGCCGGUAACGGAAGCAUCCGCCGCGCCGAAACGAGCGUCCACCAAGGAUCGUCACACGAAAGUCGAGGGACGUGGCCGGAGGAUCCGAAUUCCCGCUACUUGCGCGGCUCGGAUCUUUCAGUUGACACGAGAAUUAGGCCACAAGUCGGACGGAGAAACCAUCAGCUGGUUAUUGGAGCACGCUGAACCGUCGAUAAUAGCGGCGACCGGAACCGGUACGGUUCCCGCCAUCGCUAUGUCGGUGAAUGGGACGCUUAAAAUCCCGACGACCUCGAACGCUGACCCCGAACCCGGUGGCCUUAGUAGAAAGAAGCACAAAGGAGCCGCUAAUAGCGAGUUCGUUGACGUCAACGACGCUGUUUCGGUUUCAUCUGGUUUAGCUCCUAUACUUAUUUCUCAGCAGCAGCAACACGCGGUUCUGCCGCAGGGUUUGGUUCCAAUUUGGGCGAUACCAUCAAACGCCGUCGUUCCAGGCACGUUCUUCAUGGUACCAUCUAUGGCAUCCGUGGCCGGACCAUCCUCUCAACCUCAUAUAUUCACAUUUCCGGCCACCGCUACACCUUUAAUUAACAUUUCGGCUCGGCCCAUAUCUUCGUUCGUGUCCGCCAUGCAACACGGUGCAACAACAACGCCUAGUCAACUUCAAAGUAAUGUAGCGGUCACGAGUUGCACAGCUUCGCUUUCCAAGACGGAUAAAACGGCUUCGUUUAUGGCACCGAGUUCGAGUUCGAGUUCCACCGCCACCACUACCACAACGACAAGAACUCAGAUGCUUCGAGAUUUCUCGUUGGAGAUUUACGAUAAACAAGAGCUCCAAUUCAUGAGUCGAUCUGCAAAGCAUUGAUUAAUAAACCAAAAGUUUUCUUUCUUUAUUUUUCACUUUGCUUACUGUGUUUGGGUUUUUUUUCAUUGGUGGCUUGGUGCCAUCCGCCAUGAACAAGCGAAGCUAAAGGCAGAGGAGGAGGACGAGCGCACGUGCUGACGUGAGGGUUGUUUUUCUUUAGAGGUGUGCACGUGUAAUGUGGGGUCAGAUUAGGCUAAGCGGGUAGGGUCCACAUUAUGUUUUGUGGGUCAACACUGGAAGCAAAAGGCGCCACGGAGGGGUUUUUGGGGGAGGGGGCCGGUAAUCCGUGGACUGUGCAUUGCUAUAGAGGAAAUAAUGGGCCAAGCGGGCCACCUCAUCGAACCAUCAUGUGUAGGCACGAGACCCAAUAGAGAAGGAGCAAAAAGGAAAAAAAGACUGCAACCUACGGGACCGUUUUUGCAUUGUUCCCAAGGAGUAGACGAGUGGUCCCUACGGGGUUAGUUCGGUGGUCCGAUCCGGAGAGUGUGUGAGCCAAAAGUUUGGUCCUUCUGGAGUUGUGACACGUGUCGGGGACUUACCUGUUAAUGGUAGGAAUUCCGUUUCUUUAUAUAUAAAAGAAAAAUAUUGGACACGUGGGGUCCUUUGUCGGUAGGGUCUACAAGAUAA